CGAGGAGUGGCUGAGAGUGAGGAAGCGAAUCCAGCCUUACACGUCGAGGAUGAAGAAUGUUUCCUCUUACGUCCACCAGAUGGACUCAGUUACGCAGGAUUUCAUCGCGAGGUGGUCGACCUUGAGGAACGACAAGGAGGAGCUUCCCGAGGACUUCCUCCACCAGCUGUUCCAGUGGGCGUUGGAGUCCCUAGGUCUUGUGACGAUCAACAAGCGCCUCGGUUGCCUGGAGAGCACCCCUGAGGCCCUAAAGAUGAUCGCCAUAGCGGAUGACCUCGUGCGCGGCAUCCAUGACCUUGAAAUGGGGUCACUCGUUCGCUGGUGGAGGUGGAUCGACACUCCGGCGCUCAGGAGGGUCAGGAGAGCCCAUGAUGAGAUGUUUAGCUUCGUCCACGCGGCCGUCCGGGAAUCCCAGCUUUCGCUCCAGUCUCGAGGCCGUGACUCUGAGGAAACCUUGAACAUCGUGGAGAACCUCCUCCUCGAUCCCGUCUUGACUUACGAGGACGUCCAUGCCUUUCUUAUCGACGUCUUCUUCGCCGGGAUUGAUACGACCUCCCUCUCCUCCGCCUACGUCAUGAUGAGACUCGCGCAGAACCCGGAAAAGCAGGAGAAAUUACAGGAAGAACUAGACCGCGUUCUGGGAAACGGCGAGCAAGUCCUCAGUCCUCACCAUAUAAAGGAACUCCGCUACCUUAAGGCCUGUGUGAAGGAGGCUUUAAGGUUAGAGGAUGGACCCGCCAUCAUCUGCGUUGUGAGAAAGACUACGAGAGAUAUGGUUCUGCGCGGCUUCCUGGUCCCAAAACCGACCAACAUGCAGCUCUUUCACCCGAGCGUCGAGCAUUUGCGAGAAUUUUUCCCGAGGGCGACCCCGUUCCUCCCCGAGCGGUGGCGGGAGUCCCGGGCCCCGAACCCCGUCCAUCCUUACGCCUCCUUGCCCUUUGGAGCCGGAGUCAGGAACUGCGUCGGGGGGUUCGCCGAGCAGGAGAUUUAUAUAUUGUUGGCUCGGAUGUUCCACAAGUACCGACUGGCUUGGCGUUAUGGCCCUUAACCGACACUUACUAUGCUCAUGAUGCCAGAUAAGCCUCUGAGGUUCACCAUGACGGAGAGACGAUGAGCCGAACCAGGGGACUGCUUUUGUUUUCUCUUUUUUCGUCGUUUCUUAAUACCAAUGCUAUUUCUUAUAGUGUACUGAGACAUGCAUAUGCAAAUGCACAUAUGCACAGGAAAAGGCACAGACACAGACACAGGCAUAGAUACACACAAAU